GGCUGGUACUGUUUCUCGGGGCAUCCUGGUCACGUGACUGGAGAACACAGUCGCCAUUACCCUACUUGCUGUAUUUUGGUCUGGCUUUAUGAGACUACCAUUACCCCUACUCCCUGUUUCUUCCCUCCACCAUGUUGAUAUCAACUCUUUGGAGAGGUUGAAAGCCAAAGGGGUUCUUGUUGGGAUAACCUCGAGGGAGGGUCUCCCUAGUCGGCCGCACUGUAAGAUGAACGGGAACCAAAUAGAUAAAGAGCGUCAUGAGUGUCUGGAAUGCUUCAUCAUAUUUGCCACCGAGCGGUCAAUGCUUAGGCACAACAGAAAAUUCCAUGGGGAGGAGUACUUGCAACUUCUCCAAAAGAACAAUACAGUGUUCCUGUGCUACAAGUGUAACCACAGCUUUCAGACGUCGGCGAAGCUCCGUCAACACAGUCUCUCCCAUGGCACAGACGACAAGCCCUUCUGCUGCGAAAUCUGUCGAGAAGGCUACUCAAAAUUGGAUGAGUUGCUGGCACACCGGCGGGAGGUGUGCCCGAAGCGGAAGUUUCACUGCAAGAUCUGUAGGAUGAAUUUCCAGAACCUAGACUCCCUCGAGACGCACAAGUCCAUGCAUCUCCCAAGGAGGCGUGGACGCCCGGCCAAGAAGAAGGGAACUGAGUGGGGGACCACAUACGAGGAGACCAUGUCCCCCGAGAAGGAGGAUGAAGAGGAGGAGGAGGAGGAGGAGGAGGAGGAGGAGGAGGAGGAGGAGGAGCUAGACGGCAGAGCAGAGGACAAGACAGCAUCGUGGUCCCAACUGUUGUGGUCACCAGACGAAGAGACCAUGGUGCUGGAGGAGGUGGAGCUAGACGGCCGAGGAGAGGACCAGAGAGCACCGUUGUCCCGAACGUCGUGGACCGCAGACACGAAGAGCACUCUGCCCGAUGAGGAGAAGGAGCUAGACGGCAGAGCAGAGGACCAGAGAGCAUCGGGGUCCCAAGACACGAAGACCCCGGUGCCUGAUCAGGAGGCACUGGGACGGGCCUCUGAGAGCCAGCAACCAAGAUACAACAUCCCAUGCUCUGUGGAUUACUGUGACCUCACCUUCCCUUCAAUGGAAGCCCUGAGGGUGCACAAGAAGGACGAUCACAGGCCCCAGCCGGCCACCGAGUCGACGACCCAGACCAUUGUGCCCAAGGAGGAGGAGGAGCAGGAAGCUGAUGGCAAAGCAGAGGACCAGAGGGCAUUGAGGGCCCGGACGUCCAGUCCACAGGGGAGUGCCUUUGAGAGCCAGCUCCCCACAAAACGCAGCCAGCUCACCAUGGAACAUGGCUGCCCAGCUAAGAGAAUGGCCACCGUGCCGGGGACUGCAGACAUGAAGACCACGGUGCCCAAGGAGGAAGACGAGGAGGAAGGAGUAGACGACAGAUCAGACGCCCAGAGAGCGUUGAGGGCCCAUAUGUCCAGCCCGCAGGGACAGGCCUCUGAGAGCCAGCAGCUAGGGUACAACAUCCCAUGCCCUGUGGAUAAUUGUGAGCUCACCUUCCCUUCUGUGGAAGCCCUGAGGGUGCACAAGAAGGACGUUCACAGGCCCAAGCCGGCCACCGAGUCGACGACCCCAGAAAAUGAGACCAUUGUGCCCAAGGAGGAGGAGGAGCAGGAAGCAGAUGGCAGAGCAGAGGACCAGAGGGCAUUGAGGGCCCGGACGUCCAGUCCACAGGGGAGUGCCUUUGAGAGCCAGCUCCCCACAAAACGCAGCCAGCUCACCAUGGAACAUGGCUGCCCAGCUAAGAGAAUGGCCACCGUGCCGGGGACUGCAGACAUGAAGACCACGGUGCCCAAGGAGGAAGAGGAGGAGGAAGAAGUAGACGACAGAUCAGACGCCCAGAGAGCAUUGAGGGCUCAUAUGUCCAGCCCGCAGGGACAUGCCUCUGAGAGCCAGCAGCAAGGGUACAACAUCCCAUGCCCUGUGGAUAAUUGUGAGCUCACCUUCCCUUCUGUGGAAGCUCUGAGGGUGCACAAGAAGGGCGAUCACAGGCCCCAGCCCGCGCCGCUACUCCUUCACUAGGUGUGGGAAGAACUGUGGUUAGAGAAACAAAGUCACUGCUCACCAGUAGAGGCCACUGAAGUCAAUGAUUGAAUAUAAACAUCAUAAUACAGAGGGGAGGGGGGGAAAAGGGCCAUUACCGGGUUCCAGUGAACAUGCAUUCUUCACUGGAACACAGUUUUGUUCAGAUACAAAAUUCAUGGAAUUUUCCAAAUUUGCAAAGCCAAUUUCUGCUUCAAAAAAGACCAUUUCAUCUAAGGACUUGUGUUUUGCAGUGUGUACUGUAGAAAAACGCAUGAAGAUUAUGGGAUUGUAUGGUGUCACCUAGUCCUACCCAAUAACAAUGUGUAUGGUGAUGAUACAUUUACUCAAUACCAUACUUAAGUUUUCAUUUACUUAUAAAUACAGCUAUAGUGAUGUACAAUUUAUUACAAUGUCCAUAUUUUCCUGUAAUCUGGCCUUGUUUUACCUACACAUACCUAGGUAUUUGGAGCAUUUCGUUUUUUAAUAUAUAUUUUUUAUGGUGGGAAAACCAUGGAUUAUAUAACUCAGCUGGUCAUCCUUAAUUAAAAUUACCCAAUGAUUGUAUUAUUGUGGUUCGCCAUAUUAUUGUUAUGACCAAUUGUUACAUUAAACAAAAACUGUUCAUUAAA